AUGAGAUGCGCAGCCGAGCGAUUCAGAAGGCUGCGCGAAACAAGGAACCCGGAUCCGUAUCCGCACAAAUUCCACGUAACACUGAGCUUGACAGACUUUAUUGCGCGUUUCCAAGACAAGGUCGAACCAGGCACACAGCUCGCAGAUGUAGUGUGCGUGGCAGGCCGCUUGCACAACAUGCGUGCAUCUGGGCAAAAGCUGCGUUUCUACGACCUGCACGCUGAGGGCGUCAAGAUCCAAAUCAUGGCACAAAUGCAGGAUCACAGGGAGGGCGACUUCUUCGAGGCGCACGACCUGCUGCGCCGUGGUGACGUCGUCGGUGUCAAGGGUGUGCCGGCCAAGACGAAGAAGGGCGAGUUGUCGAUUGUGCCACAUGCCAUCCAGCUGCUCGCGCCGAACCUCAAGAUGCUGCCAAAGGCAUCUGGCGGUGGCUUUACGGACCAGGAGCAGCGAUACCGCAAGCGGUACUUGGACCUGAUCAUGAAUCAGCAUGUGCGCGACAUUUUCGUGACGCGCGCGCGUACGAUCCAAUACGUGCGUCGGUACCUUGACUCGCUGGGCUUCCUCGAGGUUGAGACGCCUAUGAUGAACCAAAUCGCCGGUGGCGCGAGUGCCAAGCCGUUCAUCACGCACCACAAUGACCUGAAGAUGGACCUUUUCAUGCGUAUUGCGCCUGAGCUGUACCUAAAGGAGCUUGUGGUGGGCGGUCUAGACCGUGUGUACGAGGUGGGCCGUGUCUUCCGCAACGAGUCGAUCGACCAGACGCACAACCCAGAGUUCACCACUUGUGAGUUCUAUAUGGCGUAUGCCGACAUGUACGACCUCAUGGACAUCACAGAGAGCAUGGUGUCGGGCCUUGUCAAGGCCGUCACAGGUGGCUACAAGGUGACGUACCACCCCGAUGGCAAGGAGGACCCGAACGGACGUGUGUACGAAAUUGACUUCUCCACACCCUGGAAGCGAUUUGAGAUGAUCCCUGAGCUUGAGAAGCAGCUGCAGGUCAAGUUCCCGCCGGCCGAUCAGCUGCACACCGAGGAGGCACGUCAGUGGCUCAGUGACCUGUGUGCAAAGAACAACGUCGACUGCAGCGAGCCACGCACCGCGAACCGUCUGAUUGACAAGCUCGUUGGCGAGUACAUCGAGUCGCAGUGUGUGAACCCGUCGUUCAUCAUCGGACAUCCCCAAAUCAUGUCGCCCCUCGCGAAGCGCCAUCGCGACAUCCCUGGUUUGUGUGAGCGUUUCGAGGCCUUCGUUGCUACGAAGGAAAUCGCCAAUGCAUACACGGAGCUGAAUGACCCAUGGGUCCAGCGCGAAAACUUUGAGGAGCAGGCACGGCAAAAGGAUGCUGGUGAUGACGAGGCGCAGGCCGUCGACCAUGUCUUCCUUGAUGCCUUGGAGCAUGGUCUGCCGCCCACAGGUGGUUGGGGUAUGGGUAUUGACCGUCUUGUCAUGUUCCUUACGGACUCGAACACGAUCAAGGAGGUGCUGGCCUUCCCAGCCAACAAGCCGGAGCAGUCGUAA